CAGAAUUAAUAUGGACUAAAAAUACAGUACAGGUCUGUAAUCUUUGCCUGGUGGGGUACAGUUAAACAAGGCAGCAGGAGCGAGUCCACAAUAUGAUCAUGAUAAUAAUCAUGAUUUGAAGAGUUGAAACCAUGGUUUCUGCUUAUAGAGAACUCAAUUAUUGGUGAUCAGUUAUAAUAUAUCAAUGUAAUUAUGGUGAAAAAUAGUACCUGUGUUUUUUUUUGUAAUUGUAGAAUGUUGAGAUGGCAGGCAGAGCUUAUGUGUAGUUUAUGUAGACUGUUCGACUGUUCAUUUAUCACCGCUGAUCUGUAGGCUGGCAAGCAGGAGCAGGAGGCAUUACUAUGAGUCAGGGGCUUAAAUUGUAGACCAUUACUCAAUACUGUUGUUCUGAACACCUUUAAGCAGCUUAGUAAUCAUCAUUUAAACAGCAGUCUUGCUUUUAAUUGGACCUAAUUCACUUUUCUAUGUAUGUGUAUAUACUGUAGGCACUUUAGACCAUGCUUUUUUGUUGUUGUUUCUUGUGUGUGCGUGACCUUGUUCACCCUUUCUGCUCAAUUUCUUUCUUUCACUACAGAGAUUUAGAACUAGAUCCAUUUCCAUUUUUGUAAAUGCUGACUGGUGAUGCAAUCAGUAAGUCAAACUAUAAUUGGAAUUUAAAUGUCAGAGAAAGGCAUUAAAGAUGCUUUAACUUUGAUGGCAAUCAAAAUGUGAUCUACAGAAAAAGAAUGUCAGCAGUUGCCGGUUAUGAAAUGAUUAUGCCAAAAAAAAAAGCAGUAUUUCCACAAACCUUUGUUAGCCAUUGCCAGCGGGGCAGUUUAAAAUGAACACCUUUCACAAGAUGCCAAGAAAUAAGAAGUUCUGAAUUUCACAUUGUCAAGGACUGGAUUUAAAAAAUGAAAAGAUAUUUCCUUGACCCUGCUUGUUUGCCUGUGCCUUUUUUAAACCCACAGAAAAUUUGUACAGGGGUAUUGAUUAAAUGCAAAUAAUGAUAUUGCAGUAAGGGCAACAGGAACUGACUUGUGUAAAAGUGAAGUAAUUCAAAUAAGAAAACAGUUUUUUGUUUUUGUUUUUUUUUUUGUUUUUUUUGUUUUUGCCUCUUGUUGUCUGGAAAAAAUUGUACGAUUGAGAUGAAGCUUGCACACUGAGCUGACACUAUUUUCCCUUCAUUUAAAACUUUAUUUAGUUCUGUGUGAGAUAAAAUCAAGUAUAUGCAAAUUAUGUAGUUAUAGCUGAACCUUUUUUGGUUGUGUGUAUUUUCAACUGCAUGUGCUACAGUAUACUAAAUUGCCUCGUGUGUGUGUAUAUAUAUAAUCACACACACACACACACACACACACCCCUCAUGGUACCCUGUAAUGGCCUGGUGUGUCAUUCAAGGCUCCAGAUCCACUGCCACUCAUUAUCCAUAAUAAAGCAGGUACUGAAGAUAAACAGAUAAAACUACUUUUGUCAUUGGUUUGUGUUUACAGUUGUCUGAUCAUGUUCAUUCCGUUUCAGUACUACAAGUUUAACACAAUCAAAUGCAUGCAAGUGCCAUGUUCUUCUUAGUGUCCUAAUUUCCUCAGCUCUUCCUUCCAAUCGGUCCAUUUUGCUCGUUCGGGCCUCGUGUUUCCUGCCUUCCUGUUCUGUACUAUAGCGGACCUGCUGCUACAUGUACAGCGCUGCUGUGAUGCUCUAUAGGGAUUCAGCACAAUUUGACAUUGCGGGAUUAACAGACACUCAACACCUCGACAUAAACAUCACUCAACUCCAAAUCGGUGCUGAAACGGACCUUUAAUCUUCGCAGUGCCUUUCAAGGCUGAACAGAUAUGAGUCGGUUUCACUCCCUGGCCUCUCUCAGGGGUCUGUGGAUGAGGGCUCGUGUGUGGGACCCUCACCGAUGCUGUUCCUCAGGAGCACCCCUCAAUACAAGCUAUGUGGAAGAGAUGUACUAUGCCUGGCUUGAGGACCACAAAAACGUUCACAAGUCUUGGGAUGCCUAUUUCCGAAACGCCCAAGCCAACAGUCCAGUUAGAGAAGCUGGGGAAAGGCGUCUGUCUGCUCUUCUCCAGGGUCGAACCAUGUCACAGACACCUGCAAUGUCUCAGAAAGUGGUGGAGGAUCACCUAGCUGUUUACAACCUUGUCAGAGCCUACCAGAUCCGUGGCCAUCAUGUAGCUCAGCUUGAUCCUCUUGGCAUCCUCACAGCGGACAAUGAUUCUUUUGUCCCCUCGGAUUUGAUAACAACACUUGACAAACUUGGCUUCUAUAGCUUGGAUGAAUCUGAUCUAGACAAGACCUUCCAGUUGCCAUCAACAACAUUUAUCGGUGGUCAGGAGGCUGUACUUCCACUUAGGGAAAUUAUUCGCAGACUUGAGGCCUCCUACUGUGGUCAUAUUGGUGUGGAAUUCAUGUUUAUUAACAAUAUCGAGCAAUGCCAAUGGAUCAGGCAAAAGUUUGAGACUCCGGGCAUCAUGAAAUUUACUGACAGAGAGAAGAGGACCUUACUGGCACGGCUGGUGCGUUCAACACGCUUUGAGGACUUUCUGGCUCGUAAAUGGUCUUCUGAGAAACGUUUUGGCUUAGAGGGCUGUGAGGUCCUCAUCCCUGCUCUGAAGAUGAUCAUCGACAAAUCUAGUGCAGCUGGAAUUGAGAGUGUAAUUAUGGGCAUGCCUCACAGAGGUCGACUGAAUGUCUUGGCCAAUGUUGUCAGGAAAGAUCUUGAUCAGAUUUUCUGCCAAUUCGAUCCCAAACUAGAGGCUGCGGAAGAGGGCUCGGGAGAUGUGAAGUAUCAUCUGGGUAUGUACCAUGAGCGGAUCAACAGGGAGACUGAUAAGAACAUCACUCUGUCUCUUAUGGCUAACCCAUCUCACCUUGAGGCAGUGGACCCUGUCGUACAGGGCAAAACUAAAGCUGAGCAGUUCUACAGAGGAGACAAUGAGGGGAAGAAGGUGAUGUCCAUUCUCCUGCAUGGUGACGCUGCAUUUGCUGGUCAAGGAGUUGUCUAUGAAACUUUCCACCUCAGUGAGCUUCCCUCAUAUACAACUCAUGGCACCAUUCACGUUGUUGUCAACAACCAGAUUGGCUUCACUACUGAUCCGCGAAUGGCGCGCUCCUCUCCUUACCCCACUGAUGUGGCUCGUGUGGUCAACGCACCCAUUUUCCAUGUCAACGCUGAUGACCCUGAGGCUGUGAUGUAUGUUUGCAGAGUGGCUGCAGAAUGGAGAAAUACCUUUAACAAGGACGUGGUCAUAGAUCUGGUUUGUUACCGGCGCUUUGGCCACAAUGAAAUGGAUGAACCCAUGUUCACACAACCUCUCAUGUACAAGCAAAUCCGCAAGCAGGAGCACGUGCUAAAAAAAUAUGCAGACAAGCUCAUUUUGGAGGGAGUAGUUACUCUGCAGGAGUUUGAGGAAGAAGUGGCUAAGUAUGACAAAAUUUGUGAAGAAGCAUACACUAGCUCCAAAGAUGAAAAGAUACUCCAUAUCCGUCACUGGCUGGACUCACCCUGGCCAAAUUUUUUCACAGAUGAGGGGGAACCAAAGUCUAUGAGCUAUCCUCCCACAGGGCUCCCCGAGGAUGUCCUGAAGCACAUCGGCCAGGCUGCCAGCUCUGUCCCUCAGAAAGAUUUCUCCAUUCACAGUGGAGUGUCGCGGAUCUUGCGAGGCCGUGCCGACAUGGUUAGCAAGCGUACAGUGGACUGGGCUCUUGGGGAGUACAUGGCCUUUGGUUCCCUGCUGAAGGAUGGUGUCCAUGUGAGACUGAGUGGGCAAGAUGUAGAACGGGGAACAUUCAGUCAUCGUCAUCAUGUCCUGCAUGAUCAGGAAGUGGAUAAGCGCAUUUGUGUUCCAAUGAACCAUCUAUGGCAGAACCAAGCACCUUACACUGUGUGCAACAGCUCCCUGUCUGAGUAUGGAGUUUUAGGGUUUGAGUUGGGUUUUGCUAUGGCCAGUCCCAAUGCCCUGGUAUGCUGGGAGGCCCAGUUUGGUGAUUUCCACAACACGGCACAGUGCAUCAUAGACCAGUUCAUCAGUCCAGGUCAGGCCAAGUGGGUCCGAAACAACGGGAUUGUCCUUCUGCUACCACAUGGCAUGGAGGGAAUGGGCCCAGAGCACUCGUCAGCAAGGCCUGAGCGUUUCUUGCAGAUGAGCAAGGAUGACCCUGAUCGCUAUCAGGAAUUCACUGGAGAUUUUGAGGUCCAACAGCUCUAUGACUGUAACUGGAUUGUGGUCAACUGCUCGACACCUGCUAACUACUUUCAUGUGCUGAGAAGGCAGAUCUUAUUACCAUUCAGAAAGCCACUAAUUAUUUUUACUCCAAAGUCCUUACUGAGGCUCCCUGAGGCCCGCUCCAGCUUUGAUGAGAUGACCCCAGAAACCAAGUUUAAAAGAAUCAUACCAGAUGAGGGUCCUGCAUCUAAACUCCCAGGCACUGUGAAGAGGGUCAUCUUCUGCACUGGCAAAGUUUACUAUGAGCUAGCAAAAGAGAGACAACAACUUGGACUGGAAGAUAGGGUUGCAAUUGUUCGAAUGGAGCAGAUAUCUCCAUUUCCGUUUGACCUUAUCAAGAAAGAACUUCAGAUGUAUGGCAAUGCUGAGCUCAUAUGGUGUCAGGAAGAGCAUAAGAACAUGGGUUAUUAUGACUACAUUAGGCCACGCUUCCUUAGUGUGCUCUCCAACGAGAAACCAAUAUGGUAUGUUGGUCGUGACCCUGCUGCAGCUCCUGCCACAGGAAACAAAUUCACACACCUUGCAGAGCUAAAGAAGUUCAUAACCACUGCAUUCGACCUUAAUGCAUUUGAGGGCAAGAGCUUUUAAUCUAAUGAAAUUAAUUUAAUGAAAAUCUAAUUGUCUAAAUGUUGCUUAGAAUUUUUGCUUUAACCUCAUGGAAGGCUUGCAUUUAAAGCACAAUGCAUAUAUAGCAAGAGAGAGCCCUGUAUCAUACAGGUUUUAAUUACCUUCUUCAUCUGUUUUAGAAACUAAUAUAGACAUGUUUAGUCAUAUCCAAGAACUAGUACAGAAAUUAAUAGAAUAAGAGAUUAGAAUAUAUAUGUGCAUCAGUUCUAGGAGUAUUUAGAGUUUAUCACAGUGCUUGUUAUUCUUGUUAUUCUUGCCAUAUUCUUUUCCCACAUCUCUCAUAAUUUUCUCUUCGUUCUGAGACACCGAACAGAUGGCAUAGUGACAACCAGCAAUAUACUUUAUAGCCAUCAUGAUAUUCUUAGUUGCUCCUAAAUUACAAUUUUACUUUUGGGACUAUGAAGUGUAAAGUAGGACUAUGAAGUAGGGCCAGUGUGCUUAUGAUACAUGUCUCAACUAAAGGACAUAAACCAAACAUUCAUAGGUAAAUGUCUUGAAAUAAAUGAACAUGACAGUGUAAGCCUGGCCUUGUCUGAGCUCUUCAGCAAAAAUGAUAAAAAUUACCGUUAAGUAAUUUGUUCAUCUUUUUAUUCAGUAUUAUAGGAUAUUCAUAUGCAUUUACAGUAUUUAGCAUACGCCACUAUCCAGAGCGAAUUACAUUAUCUCAUUUUAUACAACUGAGCACUUCAGGGUUAAGGGCCUUGCUCAGGGGUCCAACAGUGGCGUUUGGUGGUCCUGGGAUCGAACUCACAACCUUAUGAUUGGUAGCCCAACACCUUAACCGCAAGGCUACCACAUGCCCACAUGUGCAUCAUAUUUGGUGUUGUUGGAAUGCAUUCCUUACUGCGUCUAGGGCCUCUUGGCACAGUGGAUCAAGCCUCCCAUCACCUCCUAAAACAAGAAUUUGUCAUAAUUUUUAUUAUUCAAACUCCACAUACACUAUAUGGCCAAAAGUAUGUGGACAUCUGACCAUCACACCCAUAUGUGGGUCAUCCCUAAACUGUUGUUACAAGUUUGGAACCACAGAAUUAUCUUAAAUGUAUCUAAAAAUUCCUUCACCGAAUCUAAGGGACGCAAACACAUUCCAGCAUCACAUGAUUAUGGGUCGAGGUCCAUGAAGACAUGGUUUUCCAGAACUCUGGCCUUAACCCCACUGAACACCUUUUGGUUGAACCGAAUUGCAGGCCUUCUUGCCUGUUAUCACUGCCUGACCUUAUUUACAUUUAUAGCAUUUGUCCCGUUUAUAGCCCUUAUCCAGAGUGACUUACAUUUUAACCAACUAAGCAACUGAGGGUUAAGGGUCUUUCUCAAGGGACUAGCAGUGGUACCUUAAUGGACCUGGGAUUUGAACUCACAACCUUCCAAUUAGUAGUCCAACACCUUAACCAGUACGCUACCACAUCCCUCAUUAAUGCUCUUGUGACUAAAGGAACACAAAUCCAGGAACAUAGCCUUAACAGAAGAACUGAAAGCAAAGGGGGCUAUAUCUGGAAUAUGAUGGCCAAAAAGCAUAUGUGGUAAAGUGGCCACAUACUUUAACUAUGUAGUGUAGAUAUAUUUAUUUUGCAAGUAUUAAUGGCAGAUUAAGUGAUUUGUGCAUAUUUUGUAAUUCUAUAUAAACUAAAGUAUUUUGAAAGUAUGGCAACCCUGAGUAUAGUCACAAGUUAAUGAAAGUAAUGAAAG